AUGCCGCCAAAGAAGAAGACGCAGGCGCGUCGCCAGCGGGCGGCUGCGGGAUCGACGUUCGGGAGGGCGCUGCUCCACCAGCGGCUGAUGGCGCACCAGCGGCAGCAGGAUACCUUUUUCUCCACGAUCAAGGCGGAGCAGGAAGGCCAGCGGGACCCAAAGAUCAUUCCUUCGCUGGCGGAGGCCGCCGCGCCCAGCGGCGCCGCCUCUGCAGCCUCUGCUGCAUCUGCCGCGCAGGCCUCCUUCACCUCGCACGAGGGGCGUGGGAUCGCGGUGACUGGCGGGUCGUCGAAGCACCACUUGCUUGAUUUUCUCGCGGGGCGGAACAUCGAUCCGAGCUUCUUGGAGGCGGAGAAGAAGAAGCGCAGCCACAACUUGCAGUCGCUCACGCAGCAGUCGGAGCUGGACUUUUACCUCUCUACAGUCCUCGCGUCGCAGGAGCACUUCAUGAUUGAUCGAGUCGACGCGCGCCUGCUGGCGAACCACGAAGAAGGCAGCGCGUACUUUGAGGCUCAACCCGUCUUCAAGACUCCCGGCGCGGAGCUGCGGAGGCCUGCUGCCGCCAGCGACGAAGAAGAGCAAGACAUUCCCAUCCCGCGGCGCCCGUUCAAGUUCCCCGUCGUCUGGUUCGAGGGCGAGCACGCGGCUGAGACCCUCGCGCGGGGGGGAGACCCCGCGGGCGCAGCUGCCGAGGACGCGGCCGCUGAGCGCGAGCGGCGGCGCUCGGAGCGGAGGAAGGUGGAGAAGAUGCGGCGGAGGAACCGGCAACGCGUCGCGGUGCUACUCAAGGGCAAGAUGGAGGAAGCGACGAUUCACAACGUCGAGUUCGUGAGCGCGCAUCGUCAGGAGCAACGCGUGAAGUGGGCGAAGAAGCGCCAGCGCGAAGAGGAGCGACGGAAAAAAAGGAAGGGCGCCGCGCGCAAUGGCUCGCAUGCGCGCAAAGUCCUCGUCGACAGUGACGAGGACUUUGACGACCCAGACGAAAGCCAGGAGGGAGAAGAUGGGGACGAAAAAGCUGCUUUAGAAGAAGAGUCUGGAGAAGAAGAGGCAGGUGACAAUGAAGAGGAAAAAGAUGCUGAAGAGGAAGAUCAGGAUGAAGAGGAGGAAGACGAAGAGGAAGAAGAUGAAGACGGAGACGAAGAAGAUGAAGAUGAAGAGGACGGAGAAGCGAGCGACGGGAGCUCGGAGGAAGACGCGUCGGUAUCCGCUGCGGCGGCUCACUCGCCGGCUUCGGCGCCCGGCGCGCCUCCCGCCGCUGCGUCUCUGCCGCGCACCGCCGCGGAGCUCGAUGCGUUGGAGCGGGAUGCGUUUCUUCGGUGGCGGCGCGAAGUCGCGGUGCUGGAGGAACAGAAGAACUACUCGCUGAGUCCGUUCGAGCGGAACCUCGACGUCUGGCGGCAGCUGUGGCGGGUUGUGGAAAAGGCACACCUGCUGCUGCACAUCGUGGACGGCCGCGACAUUCGCUUUUUCCGCAGUCUGGAUCUCGAGAAAUUCGUUGGCGAAGUCGAUACGCGCAAGCAGGUGUUGCUCGUGGUGAACAAAGCCGACCUAAUUCCGCCGAGUGUGCGUCGCGCGUGGGCGGAGGCGCUGGGCAAGGAAGGCAUUCCGUUCGUCUUCUUCUCGGCGCUGCGAGAGCUGGAGGUCCAAGCGAAAGAGGGGGAGGAGACGCAGAACAAGUCGAGCGUGCAGCGAAGCCGCAACGAAGGCGAGGCCGCCGACGACGUGCGGCAGGGGGGAGAGGGAGGGGAGGGAGCGGAGAAAGGCAAGAAAGACGAGAGCGACGGCGCCUUUCUGGGCUGUUGGCUCGAUGAGGAGAAGGAGGACGUGGACGCCGCCUCGGCCUCUGGGGAGGCUGCAACGGAGCUGUCGCCGCCUGUCCUGCGCACCGAAAACCUCCUUGCACUGCUGUGCGAGCGGCGAGAGCGUUUCCUGGCUUCCUUCUUCGCGAAGAAGCGCGAGGAGGCGGGCGCCGCGCAGGCCACAGACGACGGCGCGUCCGCAGACACUCUGCCGCCCUUCAUCGUCGGUCUCGUGGGCUUUCCGAACGUAGGGAAGAGCUCCGUCAUCAACGCACUCCUCGGGUCGAAGCGCGUCUGCGUGUCGAAAACGCCGGGAAAAACCCGGCACCUGCAGACGCUCUGCGUCGGCGACACAGGGCUCACGCUCUGCGACUGUCCAGGUCUCGUGUUUCCGCGUCGAGUAGCCACAAAGCACCACUUGGUGGUGAACGGCGUUCUUCCGCUGGAUCACAUGAGAGGUGAUUUCUUGCCUUCCAUCCAGCUCCUCUGCGACCGGAUUCCGGAGCAGCUCCUAGGGCGGUACGGGCUGCCGCCGCCGCCCUCGGCUGCCUUGGAGCUGCCGAAGAGGGCCUUGGCGAAGAGCGCGGCGCGGCGCGGGAGACAGGAGCGCCGCCGCGGCGGAGAGGCAGACCCGAAGCCGGGUGGCGACGGCGCGCCCGAGAGGCUGCAGCUGCAGGCGCCGGUUUUCCUCGAAGCCUUGGCACAGAAGCGCAGGUUCACCGCUGGCGGGAAAGGCGGGCAGUGGGAUCUGUACCGCGUCGCGAAAAUGGUUCUGAAGGACUACGCGGCGGGCCGCUUGACGGCGUGUCGCUGCCCAGAUGGCCGGUACUGCGACGGCUCAGCGGAGCGGAGACAAAAGGAAGAGCGGAAACGGGGGGAGUCGCGCAGCGCCCGAGCUGCCCUGGACCCCGAGGAAGCGCGCGCGGACGACCCCCAGGACUCAGGAGAGGAGGAAGAGCCGAGUCAAAACAGACAGGUUCCUGGCGACGAGAGCGGCGGCGACGACAGCGAAGCGUCUGAGGCGGAGUCUGGGAAGGCAAGCGACAGCGGCGACAAGCCUUCGCAGCGGGAGGCUGGCGCGCAUCUUUCGCGGAACGACGGUGACGCAGCGGCGCUGCUAGGCCCGGACCUCGGGGAGGCGGAGGGCCUCGAUCCGCGUCUGCUUCAGGACCUUCUCGACUUGUCGCUCGACCAAGACCUCGCGCAGAUCGUCGGUGCAGAGGGCAGCGUUCUAGGCCUCUCAGAGAGCGGCGGACGCCGAGGCAAGGAGGUGAGUUUUUUCAAGAAAGAGAGAUCGUCUACAGGGAAACGCAGGCCGCAUUCCAGCGCGGCAAGUCUAGGCCUUGCAGCAGAUUCCGCGUAG